AUGACUUUCCAAAAGCUUGUACCUGCUUUCGUUUUGCUCACAGCUCUUUCCGUCGAGGCUUUCCUCCCAACUUUCGAUAUGAUGAGUGAAGACCAAAUGUCCUCAUUUCUACCAUCACCCCAUCCAGAGCUAGUUGCCGCUUAUCGAGAUUUUGAGAGUAGAACGAGAUACGGAAAACCGAGAAUCACGCAAAUUGUGAAUGUGACCACACCGGUUCCACCGUGUUGUGCCGAUACGAUCUCGUCGAUUGCCUGCAGAAGGCUCUACAACCACAACCCUGCUCGAUUUUUGCAAAGAUGUGAAUUUGAUCCCGAUUUCUCGUUGAUCCAAUGUUGCAACACCUGUGGCCUCGAGAGUGCCGAUCAGCGAUACUCGAAAUUCUUUGACAAACAACAAAACUCCCAGCAUUGCUACGAUCGACACAGCGUCGACUUCUGUAUGCGCUUCUUGAACAAGGCCGAUGUCUGGGGAACCUCGUCAUGGAAUUGUGAUGGAGCCUUCGCCACAUUGGCCUUUCGAAUCUGUCGCCGAACAUGCGGCUUUUGCAAACCCGAUCUAUACAGCACAGUUGGCGGGAAAUUCCAAGUGACGCCGUGUGGACGAUCUCCAAAGCUUAUCGCUAGUGAAACAAUCUUC